GGCUGCAGCUGAGCUUUUCAUGCUGUGUUGACAGGGAGGAAGACAGAUCCAGCUGAAGAAGGAGAAAGAAAGGAGAGGACUGCUGACUCCAUGUCUUCGCCUUCAAAUAAAAGAUCUGGCUCUGGAUCACGCAAGUAUGGCAUCUUUUGUCUUUCGUGAAAUCUUCUUUCUAACAGACAUUCUUUCAAAGUUGCAGCUGUGUUGGUGCUUUGCUGUAUCUAACCCUUCUAGCUGCUAUUGAACUCUCUUAAUCACAGUAAGAUCUCUGCCGCAGUUUAAUGACCUUUUGAGCUUCAAGUGUUUCAAUAAUCCUUUCUCUCUCUCUUCCGCUGCCAUCAUUAAUACAUCAGCUGUUUAGCUCUUUCAAUUUCUCUCUCUCUGCUGUCAAGACUUUUUCACCCUACAACUGCCAGGUUGUGUAAAACCUCCCUGAAGGACCAGUUUAAAAGAUUUAUAGGCAUAUUAAUGUACUAGGAUAUUAAACACAUACAAACAAAUGUGCACUGUCGUUCAAAAGUAUGAUUAGUCUUUUAUUCAAGGCUCCAUUUAUUUAAUUAAAAUACUGUAAAACAGUAAUAUUGUGAAAAAAAAAAUUACAUUUUCAAAUGUUUUCUUUAUUAUAGAUUUUAAAAUGUAAUAUAUUCCUGUGAUGCAAAGCUGAAAUUUCAGCUAUUAUUCCAGUCUUUAAUGUUACAUGAUCUUUCAGAAAUCAUAUUAAUAUUCUGAUUUGCUGCUCACGAAACAUUUAUUAUUAUCAAUGUUAAGACAGUUGUGCUGCUUAAUAUUUUUUUUUUUUUUUUUUUAAAGGAUUCUUUGAAAGUUCAAAGGAACAGGAUUUAUCUGAAAUACUGAAGAUCAGGGUCAAUUUAAUGCAUCCUUGUUAAAUAAUAGUGUUAAUUUAUUACAAAGCCAAAAACCUUAUUAGGAAUGUGUGGAAGUCCGUUUCCAGGGUUGCCAGGUUUUCACUACAAAACCCAUCCAAUUGCCACUCAAGACUAGUCCAAAACUAGCCCAAUCACCUUUUGAAAUGGGAUCCCCUAGUAAAAAUUGCAUUCCAGGGGGGUAAAAUACAAGUUUGUUGGUGGGGUUACCCUGGUAAAAUUCACAUAUCAGAGGCUACAUAUCACAUUAUUAUGGUUGCUUCAACCCGCAGACAUAAAAAACAACCCCAAUUCCGCUGGAAAACCACAGACUUGGCAACCCAGUUUCUGCCACUGAAUAAAAAAUAAAAUAAGGUUAUUGCGACUUUUUAUCUCACAAUUCCGACUUUUCUUCUCGCAGUUGUAAGUUUACAUCUCGCUAUUCUGACUUUCUUCUCAUGAUUGUGAUACAAACUUGUAGUUCUGUCUCAGAACGCGAGUUUGUAUCGCAAUUGCAAGUUAUAAAGUCAGAAUUGUGAGUUUAUAUCUCACAAUUGUUACUUUUUAUCUCAGAAUUAUGAAUUUAUAUUGCAAGUUAUUAAAGGAGAAGUCCAGUUGCAGAACAAAAAUGUACAUCGCCUUUUCAUCCAAGAUGUUCAUGUCUUUCUUUCUUCAGUUGUAAAGAAAUUAUGAUUUUUGAGGAAAACAUUUCAGGAUUUUUCUCCAUAUAAUGGACUGAUAUGGUGCCCCGAGCUUGAACUUCCAAAAUGCAGUUUAAAUGUGGCUUCAAAUGAUCCCAAAUGUGGUUGUAAACGAUCCCAGCCGAGGAAGAAGGGUCUUAUCUAGCGAAACGAUCAGUUUUUUUCAAUAUGCUCGUCUUGUCUUGCUUUGCCUGAACUCUGUGUAUUCUGACUCGAGACAGUUUGGGUAUGUCGAAAAACUCCAAUUGUAUUUUCGCCCUCAACUUCAAAAAUCAUUUCAAAAUCAUUCUACAUCGCUGCAGAAGUACCGACACAGUCUUUACAAAGUGAACAUGCAAAGAAGAUCAAACACCCUUAACAAAAAAGGUAAAACACCGAUAUAGGAGUUAAGAGAGAACAUGAGAUGGGAGUUUUUCGACAUACCCUAACUGUCAUGAACCGGAAAAAAACAGAGUUCAGGCAGAGUAAAACAAGACAAACAUUUGACAUUAAAAAGUAUAUAAAUUUUAUAUAAAAAUAAAUAAAUUUGUAUGAAAAUAACCAAUCGUUUAAGAAGAUAAGACCCUUCUUUCUCGGCUGGGAUCGAUUACAAACGCAUUUGGGAAGUUGAAACCCGGGACACUUGUCCAUUGUUCUCAUGGAGAAAAAUGUUGAAAUGUUUCCUCUUUACGACUGAAGAAAGAACAACAUGAACAUCUUUGAUGACAAGGGGGUGAGUACAUUAUCUGUACAUUUUCGCUCUGGAAAUGGACUUCUCCUUUAAGUCAGAAUUGAGUGAUAUGAACUUGCAAUUCUGAAAUCAUAUUUUCCACACAAAAUUGGACUUUAUAACUCGCAAUUGCAAGUUUAUAUCUCACAAUUCCGAGAAAAAUUCUGAGAUAAAAAGUCACAAUAACAUUUUUACAUUUUUUAUUCAGUGGUAGAAACUGACUUUAAUAGGAAUGGCAGAAAUAACUUUAAAACAAAAAGGAAUUCUGUCAAAUUAUAGAAGAAACAUUUGUUAAUCAAUUAUUCAACAAGCACAUGGAUGAAGCAAUAUUUUAAUAAGGAUCUCAGAAAUACAUUUUCAAGCGUAACUUUAAACUAACAUACUACAUCAUGCAUAUCUUCCAGUUUUUUAAAUGAAAAUCUCUUAAUGUUUUAAGCAAAACUUGUGUAAAAAAAAAAGUGAAUUAUUUUACAAGAAUUGCAAUAAAAAAUGUAAUCAUAUAAAUCAUAUAAAUUAAAUAGUAAUGUCUAAAACUUUAGUUUCCACACACUUCUUCUUUACACCAUUCCCACAUCCAAUUCUGUCCGAAUACAGAUCAUUUUCUCAUUUCAAAAUAUGUACCAGUAGCGGCAAUGAGUUUUAAUGGUAAUUUUGCAGUAGAGCCCAGCUCUGUGCCUCUGUCUCAUCUCUGUUUCCUCAGAUUCAACCUGCUGAAGGCCCUACAGCCUAAGCACCGCUUGCAACAAAUGCUGUCAUCUCCCACUGCGUCCCCUGUUUUUGACUAUUGCAGGUUUAUAGAGCUAGACUACACACCCAUGGAGUCAGGCAUUAUGGUCUCUAUGAGACAGAGCAGAGGAUUUCUGACACCAAAGUCCCCGGAACGCCACUGUCGACGGAGUCCAGCACCUGCCAGUAACCGUGAUCCCUAUGGAAAUGCUUCUCUCAGCAGCAGUAGCAAUUCAGGGUCAUGCAAGGGCAGUGAUGGAAGCCCAACCCAUAGGCGUCACAUAAAAUACACCUCCUGCAAUGAUAACCAUGGUAUCCGACCCCCUCCACCAGAGCAAUACCUUACCCCACUGCAACAGAAAGAGGUGUGUAUCAGACACCUCAGAGCACGGCUCAAAGAAACCAUCGAAAGACUGCAGGACAGGGACACUGAGAUUGAUGAGUUGCGCACUCAGCUGUCUCGUAUGCAAGAGGACUGGAUUGAAGAGGAGUGCCACCGUGUGGAGGCCCAGUUGGCUCUGAAGGAGGCUCGCAGGGAAAUCCAGCAGCUUAAGCAGGUUGUCGAUGUUGUCAGGUCCAGUCUGGGAGACACCGACACUGGAGUGCAAAAGUGCUUCCAAGACAUAAACCUCCAGAACCACAAGCUGGAGUCUUUAUUGCAGAGCAUGGAGCUGGCUCAGAUCGGGACCACCAAAACGGGAGAAAUCCUGGCAGGUGGAGGGGUGGUGGGGGCAGGGCUGGAGGUCAGCGAGGGCCUGGUGGGGUCUUCCGAAGGCUCCCCAGCUCGCUCGCUUACCCGCAGCUCUACCUACACCAAGCUAAGCGACCAGACUGGCCAGGAACGUGGCGGUAAUGAAAAUGGAUGUGAUAUUCCUUGUUUGUCAGGCGAGGGCACGCAGGACAGCGGGUUUGUUUGCUGUGGAGAAAGUGGAAGAGGAGCAAGCAAGGCAGACCUACUCCUGGAGGCUGCGUUUUUGUCUCAAGAGACAGCCUCGCUGCUCGAUGCGUACUCCCGCCUGCCACACUCCUCCACCUAUGAGGCACUGUGCAAUAGCGAGCCGAGAGUUGUGCCACUCCGCUGCGGUGGGAUCGGGACAGGGGCCACUGUUAGUGUAAGUCAUCCAUGUCUGUCACAUCAUCACCUAUACCUGCAUCAUCUGCGUGAGCAAGGCAUUCAGACCGACUACGAGCAUGCCCCUGCUUCGGCGCCUGCCCAUGGUCCAAGUACAUCCUUCAACUCUGAUCUGGACACUAUUGCUGAGCGUACCUUUCGCUCUCAAGCCUGCAGUCCAACCUCUACCUGGAUGUCUGAUGAGGGAGAUGAUCUGGAGUCAGUGGCCACAGAAUCAGCCAUUACGGCAACAGUUGCCACAACUUCUGUCAUCACAGACUUUGUAGAAAAGUCUGCACCAGCUGUUGCAAUGGAGCCUUGGCCACCAACUGCAUCUGUUCCGAAAGGACCUGCGAUUUUGAUCCCCAUGGAGUCCUCUAUCAAAGAGACAACUGUUUCAGAGCCCCAUAUGGUCUUACCAAUCACCACAACAGCUUUAACCACGGAGACCAUUGGAUCCAACUCUGUUGAACCUGUAACAGACCCUUUGCCAAACCCUGACGCUUCCCCUUGCUCCACUCAGCCAUUGGUUGAGACAGAAGAGGAGCCCCUUCCACAGACCACUCAGCCUCGUAGUGUACUAACAGAGGCAGAGGUUGAAGGGGAUCAUGUCGUAAAUAUAAGUGCAGACGAUGAUGAUGAGGUUGACGAGAGUGCUACGAACACAGAAUCCAAAUCGUCCAGCUGUGGUUUACCGGUAAAGAACUACUGGAGCCGGCACUUCCUAGUAGAUUUGCUUGCGGUGGUCGUGCCAGUGGUCCCGACAGUGGCAUGGUUCUGUCGGGGUCCACACCGUGUUGGUCAGCCAAUGUACCAUUUUGGCUCUCUAUUGCGGGGUUGCUGCACUGUGGCCCUCCAUUCCCUGCGUCGAGGAGGGGGCCUUCGGCACUACCCCGCAGGAGGAGGCGGUCCAGGGGGAAUGAGUAUAUGAGAGCAACUCUUCUCUCUGGGGAAGCUUUGAAGCCGGUGAAGCCACUGUUCUUCUGUCAGAGAAGUGGUUAAAACAUAAAAUGAAUAGAGGCAACCAGUGGAAGGAUAGUGUCUGAGCACAGCACCUUAACGCUGUGGUUCUCUACGGUCUAUAUCCAAGAUAAGAAUGAGGAAGGGGAAUCACUAGCAUGUAUUUACACCUACAAAUAAGAUGCUCAUGAAGUUCAGGACUUCAAGUGAGCUUUCACCUUUUUCCACAACUACUACUUUGAGUAAAGAGGCGAGAUGAUGUGUUCUGAAUGAUGGACUGACACAGUGACAUUAACUCAGCUUUGUGAGUGACACUUAAAGAUCCCCUUUAAUAUGAUUGUAUUACCCUUAUUUAGAGCAAAGAGACGCAAUAAGUGAUGGGAAGAAACUGUCCUUUUGUGCGUCCCUCUUACUAUCACAGCAGAGUGUGUGUGUCCUAUGUGUGCGUAUUGAUUUAUUUGAGCGAGUGUUGUGUUGUGUUAAUGUACAGUGCAGCCAAAGUACCUGAAUUACUAAUGGCCAUCAUUGUUGUAGCCGUGAGUGCAGUAGUUUGCUGUCCCAUUACUUUUGCCGGUGUGGCAUAAGUGCAGAACAGUCAUCUUUUCCCCUUAAGGAGCCAGGCAAGCGCCUGCUGAGCUAUUUAUAUGCUUUGCAUAUACCACUAGUGUCCUAGAUACUGUAAAUUCUGUCACGAAAUGAUACUUAGUCCAUCUGGAGUCUUUUAGAUUAAUGUAUUUUUUAUUCUAGGCUCAAUUAGGUGGAAGAGUUUGAUGGUUCAGAAUAUAGCAGAAUGCUAAAUUUGUGUAUUUAGGAAAAGGGUAAUGCAUUCUAAGUAAUAAUAUUAACAUUAAGAAGGGAUUCAGCGUUUAGACAAUGAUCAGGGUUAAAAGACUUUAAUAGGGUCAUGGGAGCUUUUUCACCAGAAAUUAAGUUUGAGUUUGUUUCACUGUGUGAUUUUUCACUGUGUGAACAUCAAAAAACUCUCAUAGCCAAAUGUGUUUGGAUAUAAGGCUAAUC